GACCUUUUAUAAGUAGACAGCGCGAGCGCGAGCCAUCACUACACGGUCCGAACGCGCGUUGGACAGUAGUUGUAUCUUUUGAGUAAUUUAUAUUUUUUGUAAACAUAAAAACAAUGUUAGUUUUCCCGCAAAUGAGACCGCAGAUACGCGAUGAAGGAUGUAGGGUGUCAAAGUGGAUACCGGCUGAAAGAUUCGCUCCUUACUUUGCAAGGACAAAUGUCUUACCUCAACUUCCACCAAAGGAUGAUGACGAAGAUUAUUUAGGAGGAUCGUCUCCAGAACACACAAGCGAUUCUGGGUUUGAAAUCAGUGAAGGCACGUGUGGAUGGAGGGGUUGCGGCUUGAGGUUCCCAAACGUAGCUCGCCUGUCCGCACACAUCGCCCGGGUUCACGCUCACGCACACAGAGAUGGCCUCUUUUAUUGCUGUUGGAAAGACUGUUCAAGACCACAAAGAGGUUUUAACGCGAGGUACAAAAUGUUGGUACACGUACGGACACAUACCAACGAGCGUCCGCACACAUGCAACCAAUGUCAAAAGAGUUUCUCCAGGGCUGAAAACUUGAAAAUACAUCUCCGUUCACACUCCGGAGAAAAACCAUACGUUUGUCCUUAUGAGGGAUGCGGCAAAGCCUAUUCAAAUUCAAGCGACCGCUUCAAACACACUCGCACGCACACAGUCGACAAGCCAUAUUGUUGUAAGGUCUCUGGCUGCAACAAACGGUACACAGACCCAUCGAGUCUCAGAAAACACGUCAAGACGUACAAACAUUUCAUAAAUGAAAAGGAUAAUCCAAGGCGGGAAUCAUCUGACGAAAGGCAAAGUUCAGACAGCUACUCCCCGCUACGGGAAAAUAGCAUUUACAACCAACAGCCUACAUCACCCCCCUCCAUAUCAUACAGCCCCCCUUGUAUCGUAUCACCUACUUCGCCCUUCAAAUCGGUUAGUUCAUACACAGCGUCAGCGUUGGGCGCGCCUUUAAGCUAUAUUCCCGUUAUGGACCGACUCACUUACAUGAGACCUCUUAAACAAGUGUAUCCAAUCAGAGUCCCGUCACAUGAAAUGUCAUAUUUAGAAUAUUCCCAAAUGUACGAUCAUGCUUAUAGAAAUUAUUACACAUGUGGCCUUAACUACUCGGUAUUGAGACCAACAAUUGACGAAAAGGCGUUCCCGAAAGAACCAAACACAUUUGGAGAUACAUUUAAAGAAUCAUCUGAGAAGUAUGAAUGCAUCGAGGAUGUACCCCUAAAUUUAAUCUGUGUCAAACGCAUAGAUUGCAAACCUAUGGAAGAACUAGUCAGACAUACAGACUUGCCUUUAGAUUUAAGUACUAAAAGUUAAGUAUUGAAAAUAAAGUAUAUUUAUUCCUUUUAAAA